GUCACGAUAGUUUGCGUGUUUGCCACACGGUCGCUUUACUCCCAAGCUUUCUAUUUUAGAUAUGGACAGCCACCAUAUCUUAUUUGUAAAACUAGAAUUUUGCAAAGCAAUUGCUAGCAGUGAUUCGCUAUAUUUAAAAUUUUUCUUCGGUAAAAUUCUAUCUUGGCAAAAUAAGAUUAUGCAUUUUGAUUAGUUUUUCGAGGCAGAAUUACAUUGAAGGUAAUAACUCUUUUUUAAAAGUUAAAAGUACAGUGCAACAAUGUGGGCUAUCAAUACUGUAGCAAGGUUUUAAGGCUUCAAAUGAAUAUAAGCAAUACAGAAAAGAGAACUAACGACUGGAAAAUUAAGUGAAAAAGAAUAGGAGUGAAAAUAAAUUGCAUCCAAUCGUGAUUUUUUGACUAUCGAUAAGUUAUCUGAAGGCAUGUCCGUGACUUUUGCUCAACGCGGCAGGCCGCCACCGAAUCCUGCUCAAAUACAGAAGAUGCUUGAUGAAAACAGUCAACUUAUACAAACAAUACAAGAAUAUCAAAAUAAAGGAAAAGCACAAGAAUGUAUACAAUACCAGCAGAUGUUGCAUCGCAAUUUGGUAUAUUUGGCAUCCAUUGCUGAUGCAAAUCAAAAUAUACAAGCAUUGCUACCACCUCCACAAGGGAUCCCUAAUGGACCCCAACAUGGUAUGAUGAAUCCACAGGGCAUUCCUAAUGCUCCCACAGGAUCAAGUGGACCUGGAGGUGAUAUGCCUCCAAAUACUCAACCGACAUUACCAAUGUCAAGCUUUAGCCAAGGACAACCAAUGACACAAGGUGGAUACCGUGGUCCUGUUAUGCCUGGACAAGGACCUAUGAAUAGACCACCUGCUGCACCUGGACCACAACAAUAUAGAGGACCUCAGGGUUACCCUCAACAACCUUCUCAACAAAGUUAUCCUACGCAAUAUGCCAAUCAAAAUCCAGGUACCAAUUAUCAAGGACCACAGGGAUCUGCAUAUACUCCAGGUCAACCAAAUCAAUAUGGACCACCAAAUACUUCCCAACAACAAGGAUACAGCACAUCAACGCAACCGAACUAUGGUCCUCCAACUACCGUGAAUAGUUACGGUCCUCAACCAGGUGGAUAUCCACCACCAGGAACAACUCAGCCUCCUACAGGAUAUGGUCCACCACCACCGAAUCAACAAGGCUAUCCUCCUUCUAAUCCUUCUCAACAAAAUUUCCCGUCAAGCGGACAACAGCAACAGCCUGGUCAAUAUGGUAGUCCUAGCCCACAACCAAAUUACCAACAACCUCCAUCUCAAGCUCCGCCUCAAAAUGCGUACGGAGCUGGUCAACCCGGAAAUUAUCCUCCUCCUUCAUCGCAAGCAUAUGCAAAUAACGUUCCACCUCAAAAUUAUCCGGCUCCCCCUACUUCUAGUGCUCAACCUCCUCAACCUGGAUCUCAACAAAAUACCGGUCCUCAACCGAAUUAUGGUAAUCAACCAAGUCCCGGUCCUGGUGCAACGCAAUACGGUCCAGCUUCUACAUCUCCACCAUUCAGUACUGCCUCUGCAAGUGGAGUAAAUACCUAUGCUCAGAGUAGCCAACCAACUAGUACACCGUCCGCUUCAACUCAAACUUACCCACCAAGUAGCGCUCCACCAUCUACUUCGCAAGGUGGAAACUACGCCCCACCGGGACCUGCACCAUCCGGAUAUCCUGUGCAUCAAACACCUCACCCAACGUCUCAUCCGCCACAUCAACCACCGCAUCAAUCCCCACAUCAACCUCCUCAUGCUCCUCAUCAACCUCCUCAUCAACCUUCUCAUCAAUCAACUCAUCAACCUUCUGCACAUCAAUCUCCACAUCAACCACAACAGUCUCAACAACAAUCUCAGACACCGCCACAGCCUCAACAGCAACAGUCUCAGAGUCCUGCUCCAAGUGGAUUUCAACCACCUUCAGGACCUCCACAGGGUCCUGCUCCACCUCCGGGACCACAACCACAACCUGGAUACGGUCCAGCUACUACACAGACAUAUGUACCACCGACACCAGGAGGACAGCCACAGGUAUACACUCCUCAUCCACCUCAAGGUGGUCAACAUUAUGGACAUCCACAAUAUCCUCCUCAGAGUUAUCCACCACCACCAGCAGGACAAGGAUAUCCUCAAUAUCCACCGCGUCCACCUGGUGGACACAUGCCUCCUCCCCCUGGACCUCAAGGACCUCCUCCACCAAAUCAGUAUGGUGGUUAUGGAUAUCAGCCACCUCCACAAUAGAGUAUAUAUUAAUGUAAAUUCGUACGAUAUUCAUUCUAAUAUAAAAAUGAUUUAACUACAAACUCAGAACAAAUGGCAUAUUAAACUUUAAUUUAAUUCUUGAUAGCAUAUCGUCCAGUGUUAUAUAAUGAAACAAAUAAUAGAAAAUAUAUAUUACUAAGGAAAGGUGCUGCUAAAAUUUUAUUACGAUUGUAAUGAGAAAUCAAAACUUUUUGAAUAAUUUUAAUUUCCUCAAAUAAGAUAUCCAAUUUAACAUUACAAAAUAUACUUCAUUACAAAAAAGGAUUUGUAGAUAUUGCAAACUAUAUACAUGGUCUAAUGUGUACAAAAAUCUUCAAAAGUUAUAUCUUAAAGUUUCAUUUUAUCGAGAAUAACAUCGUUGAACAAAUAUUUUAUUCAUUAAAAUAUUGUUAUAAAUCUUUUAAUGUGACAUCAAAGUUUUACUUUCGUUUGUGGCUAUUUAAUUUUGUAAUACAUAUAUGCUUAUGCGUGUGCAGUUUAAGAAUUUUGGUGUUCAUAAUACAAUAUAAACAUAUCUGUCACACCAAGUUAUAACAUAUGACACAUGAUACAAUACGUACUAACUAUUUACAGCUUUCAGUAUAUAUUUUGCUUUAGAAUAAAUUUAUUUACUUA